AUGAUUUGUACUUAUAUGAAAUCCAUCCAUGAUGUAAAGAUCAGUGGUGACCUUGGAAACAAAGUCAUAGCUGGCAAAGUUCUGGCGAAAUCUGGUCUGCAUACAUAUGAAAACAAUAAAAAAGAGAAGAAGUUUUUGUUUUACCUGGGAGUGGCUGAUGAAACAGGCAGCAUUAAAGUGAUAGUGUAUGGAAGAGAGCGCUAUCAGCGUUUCCAGGAGAAGAGCUGCUACCUGUUCAGAAAUGUCAUCAUGGACAAAAAUGUCAUGAAAGUGACCGUAAAGAGCGUCAUAUCAAAGACAGCACCUAUUGAUGUUCCUGAGAAUGUGGAGAUGGAAGCUCUGAGGCUCGGUUAUUCCCAGACUCCAGUUUGCUCCAUCGGACAGGCCAUCGGAUCAGAGGAGAAGACAUCAGUGAGUGUUAAAGGAAAAGUAAGAGAGAUUGGCUCAGUUGAAACCGUCACACUGAAGAAAAAACAGGGAGCAACAAAGAGGAAAGAGUUCCAACUUGAGGACAGCACAGGCUCCAUCCGGAUCACUUUGUGGGGCGAAGACAUCAAACAGCUCAGAGGAAAAUCACCUGGAGACUCUGUCAGGGUGGUCAAUGUAAAGACCAAUCACUACAAUAAUUCAGUAUCGCUGAACUCAACAGAUUUCACCAGAAUUUUUAAGGAGAGGGUGGUCUCCAAACAGAAGAACAAACAGAAAAGUAAGAAAAAGGGUGAGUUUAUAUCAAGAUAG